AUGGCGGAUGUAGGAGACGAUGAAACUCGGUCGACUCUCCCUUCGGCAUCCCGUAACGGUCCAGUUGUCGGUUCGUCUGCGGGCACCGCGGGCCAUAACGCAGCUUGCAUAAUGGUAACGUCAGGUCCGCGGACGGUGAGAAUCGUCAAGUCGGAGUCUGGCUACGGUUUCAACGUUCGCGGUCAAGUUAGUGAAGGAGGACAGCUUCGGAGCAUCAACGGGGAAUUGUACGCUCCUCUUCAGCAUGUUAGCGCUGUUUUGCCCGGAGGUGCGGCAGACCGAGCUGGGAUAGCAAAGGGUGACAGGAUCCUAGCGGUUAAUGGGGUGAGUGUGGAAGGUGCCACCCAUAAGCAGGUGGUGGACCUGAUUCGUGCAGGGGAGAAGGAGCUGGUUCUGGCUGUGCUGUCUGUUCCAGCACAGGAGGCUGAUGGAUUGGAAGGAGGAGAAGAUGUCCAACCCAACUAUGACUACAGUGACAAACAAGCAGUGCCCAUUUCCAUUCCUACAUACAAACAUGUAGAGCAGCACUCCGAGAGGUUUGUGGUGUACAACGUGUAUAUGUCCGGUAGACAGCUGUGCUCAAAGCGCUACCGAGAGUUUGCCAUCCUGCACCAGAACCUAAAGAGGGAAUUCUCCAACUUCAACUUCCCAAAACUUCCUGGUAAAUGGCCCUUCUCCCUGUCUGAACAGCAGUUGGAUGCUCGCCGUAGAGGACUGGAGGAAUAUCUUGAGCGAGUUUGCUCUGUGCGGGUGAUUGGGGAAAGUGACAUCAUGCAGGAGUUUCUCUCUGAAUCAGAUGAGAACUACAAUGGCGUGACAGAUGUAGAGCUGCGGAUAGCCCUGCCAGACAAGACCACCAUUUCUGUCAGAGUCCGCAAGAACAGCACCACAGACCAGGUGUACCAGGCAUUAGUGAUAAAGGUUGGAAUGGACAGUAUUAUGGCGAGCUACUUUGCCCUUUUUGAAGUCAUCAACCACUCGUUCGUGCGGAAGCUGGCGCCUAAUGAGUUUCCACACAAGCUUUAUGUGCAGAAUUACACCUCGGCAGUGCCGGGGACUUGCUUGGCGCUCCGCAAAUGGUUGUUCAGCUUCCAGGAGGAGGAGUUGCUAAGAGACAACCCACUGGCACUGCACUACUGCUUCCACCAGGCACUGGAAGAUGUGAAGAAGGGAUUCAUAAAAACAGAGGACAAAUCCUACCAGCUGCAGAAGCUGGCAGAGCAGCGCAAGAUGGCCACGUACCUGAGUUUGUUGCGGACAUGUGAAGGCUACAAUGAGGUGGCGUUCCCCCACUGCUCCUGUGACUCCAGGAGGAAGGGACAUGUCAUUACAGCUAUCAGCAUCCAUCACUUCAAACUGCAUGCUUGUACCGAGGACGGAACGCUGGAGAACCAGGUGAUAGCUUUUGAGUGGGCGGAGAUGCAGCGCUGGGACACUGAUGAGGAAGGGAUGGCUUUCUGCUUUGAAUACGCCAGAGGAGAGAAGAAACCUCGCUGGGUCAAGAUCUUCACUCCAUAUUUUAACUACAUGCAUGAGUGCUUUGAGCGGGUCUUUUGUGAGCUGAAGUGGAGGAAACAGGUUGAGGAAGAGGCAUCUGACAAAGACAACAAAAACUGCAGUAACAAUGAGUAUCUGCCUCCCCUGGAGACACAGCAGAAGGGAUGGCGCCACCUGGGGGGGGAGAUUGCAACUUCCUAAAACCAUUUGUCAUCACUUGAACUAGAACUGGUCCACUUGCAUCAUCACAGCCACCCCACAGAGCGCCCAUUGACAAACACAAGACCGAGUGAAAGACUGGGGCCGUCUAUGCCCCGAAAACAAUCUGGAAGUGACCAAUUUGGGAAAUUGGAAUGGCCACACUUAACCGACACCAGGAAUACACACCGCAAGAAGAGCAAUGAAGGAAAAUUAACAAAAGCCAACUGUCAUGUCAUUUACUAGAUCUCCAUAGCGUGUCUGUUGUGUUCCUCCAUGCAUCCGCCCUGGUAUGUGGGGCAGGACACAAGCAAAUUUUUUUUUGCCACGGUUUGAGAUGUAACACAUGCAUACGGUUUGUGACUCGUAAGGGUCACCACAGCGCUGUGGCACCAUUUGCACAAAGGGAGCAACUCGAUGAACCGCCCCUUGAUGAGGGAGCUGACAUGCGGGACAGGAUUGUCCAACUGGAUCGGCUCGGUCCAAAGUCUUGAGCGUAGCCUUCCUUUGCUGGAAUGAGCUGAGAUGGUGGAGAUGAAAAUAAGGGAGGGAUACAGAAAAAAACAGGGGUUUCACUUCUUUAACAGUUAGUGAUAAAGAAAGAGAGAAAAAAAUCAUGCUUUACACAGAUGAUGGACAUUGGACAAAAAUUAUGUUUUCUAUUUGUAAAGUGAGAAGUAUUCUGUCUUUGUCAGAAAACAGGCGCAACAAAUGUAACUAACGGAAAAAGGAUGUGGGGGGGGGAUGGUUCAUAAUUAUAUGUUUAACAAUCUUACUCCUGAUAAAAUAUAGAUUAAUAUAAGAGCUAUAAUAAUUGGUUUCUUGAUCUAACACAACAAAACACUAACUGAAUGGCAUUUAAACGGCUCUAAAUGUUGUUUACCUUUUUUCUGGUUGAACCUCACUACUUUAGAAUGACGUCUGUUGGCAGUCAUUGAUGUCAGUAUGCACAGUUAUCCUGCUUGCAAGUGAUUUAUUGUGGUGAUUUUGCAGAGCUUGUAAGUUGAGAGGAAAAGGUGUUCUUAUUCUCAGCUCUAUGCAGGGAUGAUCUCCUGAACAAAAAGUUGAUGGGCCAAAUGUUUUUGAAAUGGCACAGCUUCUGACUGACAGAUUGUGAAUAUAAAGACAGUAUAAAGUUUUGUCCAUUGAAGUGUAGUUUUCUGAACAGGCAACAGAGAGCAGCAGAGUGUAAGACAGAUUUAGUUGUAGGAUUUGAGCAGAAAUAGAAAUCUUCUAGGAGCUUCUUAAAGAGUGAUCCCUUAGGCUCUGUAAUUCACCCAAAAGUAUCACUCCUCUGCAGUUUGUCCAUUAACCACGUCAGGAGGACUGUGUGUGUGUGUGUGUGUGUGUGUGUGUGUGUGUGUGUGUGUGUGUGUGGUGUGUGUGUGUGUGUGUGUGUGUGUGUGUGUGUGUGUGUGUGUGUGUGUGUGUGUGUGUGUGUUGCGUAAAGUUGUGACUCCAACCGCAACCAUCUGCACACAUAGCAGUGCAGGCAGCGGUCUGCCUCUUACUGCACCUAAAUUGGGACAGUAUUAGUUGUGUGUAUGCACAUAACACAUUAUAUGACAGUUUUACAACUUACAUAGAUUUUUGGUGUUUUAGGGCAGUAUUUCAGUUUUUUCACACAUAGACAAUAUAAUGUUUUUGUCUAUGUAAAUGUUCAGUUUAAUUUGAAUAUUUGGUCUCACUCUGUGUGUAGAAAGCAGGUUUACAUGCUGACAAGAAAUUCUUUUGAAUGGCGACAAUGUGCGUAAAUGUAUUGAUUUCACUUGAAUGCAAUAGAGUUUUUUUUAAUGCCCUUAAUGGCAAGUAGUAUAUCGCGGUGAUUCUUUACUAACUCAUUCUUGAGCUUCACUCGCUGUCUGACAAUAGCUAAAAACUAGAAACAUUGUUUUUUUUAAUUCACACUGACUUUUAGAGGACAAGUUCAAGUGUCACGUUUAUUUCACAUAUUUUAUUUCUUACAGUUGAGCUUAGCUUUUGGUUCAAUAAAAUGUUUAAUUCAUGCUUAGGUUUAGUCAUAGUUUGAUUUCAGUCCGUUACCUUGGAGCAUUCUUGUUAAUGUGUGCUGUUUGUGUGUGCGUGUGUCCUCUAUGUUUAUCAUUGACAUUGCUGAUAAGCUUUUAGGCUCUUAUUGGACGUGUCUGAUGAGCUGUCGCUGUAAGAGCCAGCAAAUGAAGAUGGGAUUUUGCAUCUGGAUGACAGCAGAGACACCAGACAGAUGGAGACAAAUGGGAGGCGUCUCCUAUUGUCUAGCUAUUCACAGCCGCUCACAUGCUUUUUCAGCAUAGAACACACACACACACACAUUCCUGUCUCUCUGCUUCUCUGUUUGUAGUUUGACAAAAUGAUUAAGUGCAACAUUUCAAAAUAUUUUAUUUGUCAUCUAGUUGUUGACUCUGUGGACAGGCCUCAGUUAUACAACAGACUAAAGAAAUACAUAUGUGUGUUUUACACACACACACCCACACACACCAGAUAGCUGGAUUGUGAAAGAAACUACAAUGUGCAGAUUGCUGGAUGGUUUUGACAGCCAGAGUAAUAGCCAAUUUAGAGAUGGAUGACAUAAGAAUUGGAGCUGUUCAACCAUGAUGAUGAUUUUCUUUUCUAUAUAAGAUGUAGAGGGAGAGGCAGAUAGAGGUGGUAGGACCGUGUGUGUUGGCAUUUCAGUCUUCUGCUAUACUCUCCUGGUUGGUCUCCCGUCAUCACAGGGGGAUGUGGUUGCCGUGGCAGCACCACGUUGGCUUAACACGCUCAGUGCAGCCUCUGUUCCUUUUAUUCCUGUCAGCCAACUGACUCACUCCUAAUAAUGUAUUCAAAGCAGUGUUUUUUGUGUUUGAUGUUUGUUCUCUGUCCUGUGGCUCAUGCUGCUGUGAAUAGGCUUUUAGAAAGCUGCUGUUUUUUUAAAUAUAUAUUUGUGUUUCGGUUUGUCUUGUGUGCGCCAGGUGCCAUUUUUCUGCUCUGUCACAGCCAGGUACACGUAUUGUCAGUUGUCUUCCGCUCUGCCAUCAGUGAGAUAAAUGUCAGUGUAACAGUGUUUGGGUGAAAGCAGCGAGAUGACAGGAACGUUAAAAAGCGUGUCUUUGUUCGUCAGUGUACGCUGUGCUGUAGGCCACCUGUGUUUGCGUUUGUGAUGUUGGACAACCUUGGCUGAAGUAAGUAUUUACAAAAAGAUGAUUGAAUUCCACACAGGACUUAACCAAUACAUCCAUGGACUUAACAGAUAAAAGAAUGUUGGAUGGUGCAGCAAACAUGGUGGCAAUAGAAUAGAAAAUGAACGUGUCCAUGUGUGGACCGAGCGUGAUGCUCAGAAGAUUUGGGUUCAUCACAAACGUCACUGAAAUGCUUGUCUGAAUGAUGCUGUUGCUAUGGUAACAUCAGUUUUCAGAAUCUCGUGCCAAAUCAGUGCUGAUUUCCAUCACAUCAUUUGGUGGCAGAUAUUCUGUAAGAUGUUUUCUGUUAGUUCGAGUUCUACGGACUUUCAGGCAGAGUCCAGUGUUCGAAGCGGCAUUCAUGAGGCUGCUUAGUCAGUCUCUUUCUUUUGACACUAUUUGUUCAGUCAGAGCCGCUACGUUUGUCGCAUCAUUAACGUUUGUACUGUUUGUAACUGUGUAGACUUCUGUGUCGACCUUUAACACACAUCUGGCUCGGAGGGCAUUAGCUGCUGGCUUUCCUAGUUCAGAUGACGGGUCCUACCUAUGACUAACAAAGGGUGGAUGUAAGUGCAGUUUUAAAAAUUGCUAGCCUUUUGUGUAAUUAAUUUCUGUUCAUUGCUUUGAAACAUGGGGCUUUUCCAUGGAAAGUAGGCAGUGUCAUUAAUUAAAAGACUUGUUUGUCUGUCUUCAGCAAAACCUGUAUAUAGUUGUUUUAAAAAGAAAAAAAGAAUAUCUCUUGGACAAAAUACACUCUUGUUUCUCCAACGCAAAAAUUGUAUUUAUUUAAACAGAAAUUAUAAAGAUUGGGGAAAUGAUAGUGUACAACGCUAGAGCCACUGUUGAUCAUACAUUUUGUCUGAGGAAAGGCUGAAUGGAGGAUUAGCUAACCACCCAAUGAAACAAGCGGUUUAAAAUAGGGGCAGCGUCUAAAACAUCAAUUAACACCUGAUGGAGAACUAGGCUACAAAAUGGAGCGUUUUAUAUCUAAAAAAAAAUAAUAAAAAAACACAUGAAGGUUCACUAACCAAAAAAAGGAAAAAAAGGUUUGAACAUGUGUAGAGUAAUAAAUUGUAACAAUAUUUUAAAUAAAGUUAUAUAUUGGGAACAA